AUGAUUACGAAAAACUUUUCUGGUGCUCUUCAAUUAACUGAUCUAGAUGAUUUUAUUGGACCCUCACAACAAUGUAUAAUACCGAUGCAAACAAAGAUUGCAGAUAAUUCGGAUGAUGGUUUAAUCAAAUUGCGCACAAAGAAAUCCAAUAAAACUGAAGCAGAAUCGACACCAAAAGUAGCAAAAAUCACAUUGAAUGAUUGUUUAGCAUGUAGUGGAUGUAUCACAUCAGCUGAAAGUAUCCUUAUUGAUCAGCAGGAUUAUCGUGAAGCACAACGUACAAUUAAACUUAUUCAAUCGCUCGAUAAAAAUGAUCCGAAUAAAAAACAAAUUGUACUUUCCAUUUCACCGCAAAGUCUGUCAUCGCUGGCAGUUAGAUACAAACUAGACGGAUUGACCUGUGCUCGACGUGUAACAUCGUUCCUGAAAACGAAAUUAGGAAUUGAUCAUGUUUAUGAUGUUGCCUAUGCAAGAAAUUUGGCUCUGAUUGAAAUCAAAAACGAAUUUUUACAAAGAUUUCGAAAUAAUCGUCAAAAUCUGCCUUUACUCACUUCCGAAUGUCCAGGUUGGAUAUGUUAUGCUGAGAAAACUCAAGGCGAAUACAUCAUUCCGUACAUCAGUCGAGUUAAAUCUCCACAACAAAUUCUCGGUUCACUGGUAAAAAAUAAUCCAAAUGAAAAUAUUUAUCACAUAUCAGUUCAACCUUGUUAUGAUAAAAAACUUGAAGCAUCACGACAAGACUUUUAUAAUGAGCAACGACAACAAUACGAUAUUGAUUGUGUUAUAUCGACUGGUGAAUUCGAGAAAUGGUUGGUGGAAGAACAGUUUGAUCCGGAAUUUUCAUCAGAACUUGAUUAUGAUAAACCGUAUACAAUGAAAGAUGAGAAUGAUCAAAUGAUUCUUACACAUCGUGGUAGCGGAUCAGGUGGUUAUCUUGAUUAUGUUUUUCGUUCAGCUGCGAAAGACUUAUUUCAUAUUGACAUGGACGAUAGACCAUUAGAAUUUAAAGUCACACGUAAUCAAGAUUUCCGUGAAACAGUUCUAACAGUCGAUGGGCAAGUUCAACUUCGUUUUGCUUACGCGUAUGGCUUUCGAAACAUCCAGAACAUUGUUCAAAAACUGAAACGAAAUAAAUGCGAAUACGAUUUUGUCGAAAUUAUGGCAUGUCCGUCAGGAUGUGUCAAUGGUGGUGGACAAAUCCGCAGUACCGAUGUCACUCUUGAUGAUGUUCGACGUACAUACGAAUCAUUACCACAUUUAGAUCAGCCAUUAGACUUGAGAAUUGAUGAAGAGAGUUCCAUUCCGUUAUAUACGAAUUAUCGUGCGAUUGAAAAGUCUUCAUCGAAUGGUUUUAGUUUGAAAUGGUGA